AUGACCAGGAAAGACAACAGCGCCCACGGCGGCACGCACGACGUCGCCGCCAAGGCGCUGUCUCCGCAGCUCAUUGAUCAGAUCCGCCAGGCGCACCAGCACCUCUCGACGGUCCUGUGCGACCUCGACCCGGUCAACACCGCCGCACCCGCUCGACCGGCCCUGUCAUCCCUCGGUCAUGUUCCACAGCUCAACGAUACCACAUCUGGUGGCGCUGGCGGUGCUGGCGGUGUCGACGCAAAGCGCAUCUCGGAGCUGGAGCGCGAGACGGAACGCCUCCAGACUGCGCUGCACGAUCUGCAGCAGCGGUACGACACCGAGCGGCACGGCUGGAUCGCCUUCAAGGAGUGGUGGCUCGGCGCGGUCGAGAAGCGCGAGCGCAAGCGAAAACGCAAGGCCAGCAGGGACACUCGCACCGAUCCGGAUCGGGAUGCCGCAUCCGGCGGCGGCGGCGGCAGCGGCGGCGACGCGACGAGGCGAGGCGCGGCGACGGCGACGGCGACGGCCAUGAGGCUGUCGGACCACGAGAGGGAGCUGUGCAGGCGCGUCGGCGUCGAUAUCGAUGCCAUCGUGACUUCGUCCUCGACCACGGCCACGACCACGACCACGACCGCGACCGCCGCCGCAGAGGCGCACGGUGCCGACAAGGAGAACGCAUCGCGCCGACGUGGCGCCCCCGACAGCCCGGAGCGGCAGCCUUCCUCGUCGAUCGUCUUGCCGCUGAUGGCGCGUCGUCCGUCGCCGUCCAAGUCGCCGCCUGGCGAGGCAGGCCCAGUCGGCCGCAAGGAGGCUGGCAACCCGACGCCUGGCGCCGAGGCGGCAAGGGAAAGCACGACGGCGACGCCGGCACCCGCUCGCAGGUUGCCUCUGCUGGACAGGCAGCCGCAGAGCGAUCGACCCCGAAGCCGCGUCGCCGAGCUGGCAGCGUCGUCAACACGGCGCGGUGCGCAAGUUUCUGCUGCGACGGAUGCCGCCGUCGCCGCCGCCGUCACGACGCCGAGCAAGGCCUCGUGCGCAGCGACGAGGGCGGACCGCCUCCGGGCCGAGGACGGCGGCAACGUGACGCGCAGUGAACCGCGACUCGGCGUCAUCCGGGCUCUCGCCGACUCGCCGCCCUCUUCCCCGCCCAAGGCGCCCGCAUCCACAUCGGCAAGGGCACCCUCGGCCUCCGGGGUAGCAGCUCCAGAGACUCCGUCGCAGUUUCGCGCUCGGGUGCGCGCCUCUCGGGCCGCUGAGCUGGAGGCGCUGACGGCCGACCCUCUGCGCAACAAGGGCAAGGGACGAUACGCGCGAGAGGUGCCUCAGGUCGACGGCCAGGGCUCGACGGCGGGGGCAUCGACGACGACGGCGACCAAGACGAUCAAUCAGGAGUACCGGAUCGACGCGGAGCGCAACGCGGGCGUGGGGCACGCGUUUGUGGGGAGCGAGAGGAAGCGGUCGACGCGCAAGCAGAUGCACGGGCUGGACUGCGAUUGCUGCCGCGACUACUGGGAGAAUAUCGGGCCGCUGCCGCCCAAGGCUGGGCCGGUGCGGGCGAGGGCGGCGCAGCGGGGGACCAAAGAGGGCGGGGGUGGUGAGGGCGGCGGCGAGGCAGAGGGAGACGGAGAGGGAGAGGAGGAAGAGGCGGAGGAGAAGGAUGCGGAUGCGGAUGCGGCGGCAGCGAGGCGGGAAGCCGAGAUCCAGGCGCGGCGGCAGGCGACGAGCCGGCACCGGGCGUGGGGGCUUCCGGAUACGACGCCGCCGGGCUACUGGAACAUCAACUUCCCAGACACGCAGCAGCAGGACGAGAUCAACGCGCAGGCGCGCCUCGAGACGGAGCGCAAGCGGCGCAGGAUCGCCGCCGACCCGCGUUUUGUCAAGCGGCGGUGA